CGCUGGGAGGAGACGUUCAGAACAAACAUGGUGAACGCAGCGUCCGCCAGGGAUCCGCAGUCCACCCGUUGAUCCGAGGACCGUGUGACUCAGCGGGAGUUGGACCGGUGACCCCCCCUGCUCGUCGGUGCGAGGGACCCGGGGGGAGGAGCGGCGACAAACCGGCGUGUGGCUCCGUGAAGGCAGCGCGCAGGAGGAAGUGUCCCCCGCCCGCUCCAGCCUCUCCGCCCGCGGUCAUGGCUGCUCCCGGGAACUCGGGGGCCGCCUCCAGCCCGAUGGUGAUCCUGGCGCCGAAGACCAAGACGAAGAAGAAGCACUUCGUCCAGCAGAAGGUGAAGGUGUUCCGGGCCAGCGACCCGGUGCUCAGCGUCUUCAUGUGGGGCGUCAACCACUCGAUCAAUGAUCUCAACCAGGUGCCUGUUCCUGUCAUGCUUCUUCCUGACGACUUCAAGGCCAACACCAAAAUCAAAGUGAACAACCACCUCUUCAACAAAGAAAACCUUCCGGGACACUUCAAAUUCAAAGAGUACUGUCCUCAGGUCUUCCGAAAUCUAAGGGAACGCUUUGGUAUUGAGGAUCUGGACUAUCAGGUGUCGUUGACUCGCAGCCCGCCAUCGAGGAGCGUAGACGACCAAGAGGGUCUGCUCCUCAACUCCUACGACCGCACGCUGGUCGUCAAGCAAAUCUCCAGCGAGGACGUGGCCGACAUGCACAGCAUCCUGUCCGAGUAUCACCAGCACAUCGUGAAGUGUCAUGGCAGCACCCUGCUGCCACAGUUCCUGGGCAUGUACCGGGUGGGCGUGGACAGCGAGGAGACGUACCUGAUCGUCAUGAGGAACAUGUUCAGCCACAGACUGAUGGUGCACAGGAAGUACGACCUGAAGGGCUCUCUGGUGGCUCGUGAAGCAAGUGACAAAGAACGGGGUAAAGAGCUUCCCACCUUCAAAGACAUGGACUUCAGGAACAACCUGCAGAAGGUGUACGUGACCGAGGAGCAGAAGGAGAAGGUCAUGGAGAAGCUGAAACGAGACGUGGAGUUUCUGGUGAAGCUGAAGAUCAUGGACUACAGUCUGCUCCUCGGCAUCCACGAUGUGGGCCGAGCUGAACGGGAGGAGGAGGAGGGUGAGGAGGUUUCCAACGAGGAAGAACCCGAGGCGGAGAACGGCCUGGCGAUGGGCGCCACGGUGGGAUCCUAUGGCACCUCUCCAGAGGGAAUCGCUGGUUACAUGUCCUCCUGCAAACCUCUGGGGCCCGGAGAGUUCGACCCGUAUGUGGACGUGUACGCGAUCAGGAGCUGCGCAGGAGCUCCUCAGAGGGAAGUUUACUUCAUGGGCCUGAUCGAUGUCCUCACGCAGUACGACACCAAGAAGAAAGCUGCUCAUGCUGCGAAAACCGUCAAACACGGGGCCGGAGCUGAGAUCUCCACUGUCCACCCUGAGCAGUACGCCAAACGCUUUCGCGACUUCAUCUCAAACAUUUUUGCGUAAUGGUGACGGAGCGCCGCCCACAAACUGAUCCAGCCGAAGCUAAAAGUCAAUAAUAUCAUUGACCAGAAAUUGUCAUUGCACACGCGGAUCUGAGGCGCGACUACAAAUUUCUGUUGCAGCAAUAUAAUGUACGACUUCUGAUGCAUAUAUUUAUUUUUAAGAUUUAAAAUUGCAUUUCUUAUAAAUGUUCAGCACUCUAAAUGGAAGUGAGGGUACUUGGAAACAAACUGCUGUUGAUCAGUGUUGGAGCUGUCAGACAACAUCGGGGACAGAUCAAGUAUCGGCGUAUUGACUUUUUCACUUUGCUCUGGUUCUUGAGGACGAACUAAAUUUUGAACGAGACAGAUUUUCAGUCUCUCGUUGAGAGUUGGACGAGGAGAUUAAAUUAAAUAUGAAGCCAGAUACGACAGUUUAUUCUCGUUUGUCCUCGGCCGUCGCCCCGGCUCUGCCGUGUGAAACCAUGUGUCACGUCUUCCAGAAGAACGCUCUUCUCACUCCACCUUCGCCUUGUCAAACACUUCCAAACACUCCUUCGCUACGUCACACAAACUAGUUCUGUUCUCUCCCGGACGUUAUUAAUCUUCUCCUCUAACUCAGCCAAAAAGUCCCAACAUGUCGAACUGUUCAUUUUAACUCGUAGAAUAAUCUUUGAUAAACAGGUGUGGUGUAGAUAACAGGGUGAAUGUUGGGAGUGCCAAACGUGUCGGAUCAAAGAUUUGUCAAAGCAGGAUUUGCACUUUUAUUCAGUUGAAACCGACUCUGGUGACGGAGAAGUUCAAUAAACCACAAUUUGAAUUGAUCGGAUUCUGUUUACCGCCAAACUCUCGACUAAAUUUCUAAUAAAUUCAGUAAGAUCCUGUUUCGACCUGCUGCUACUGUCCUGAGGGAUCAGAUCAGAAGUGGGCAGGUCUGAACGCACCUGAAUCAGUCCUGAGGUCCGAGCCACAUUCUUAUCAGUGUGAACCUGGGCCACAGGAGACAAUCAGCUGACGUCUCUGACUCAACACGGAUCACCACACAAUGACUCAAGCUUUUCUUCUCACACACACACACACAAAUGUCAUCUGACACCAGGGCUGUCACACAUCUGGGUUUUCAAAUGUAUCUGAAAAAAUAUGUCAAAUUAGUUCUGAGUUGACUUUUAGAAACAGUGACGGACACAUCUGUCAACUGGGUAGAAACAGCAGGAUUUGCUUUUCGAACACAAAUGAUGAUUUGCAUAAAGAGCAGGAAGUCGACCACUUGACAUCUGAUCUCUCAUGUCGCCAUCAGCUCUGAACUGGGUCUAAAUGCUUGGUGUUUAAACGGGGAACAUAUCUUAUUAUUUAUCGUCUGAGCCGAAGCUGCGUUAACGACCAGGAUCGGUCCCGACGCUUUAAAAUGAAACGCGCGUCGACGCUUCCUGAAAAUGAGCCCGUUCAUCAGUCUCCCUCUUCUUGGAAAACGUGCGCUAAUGUGAAUCAUUGUCAUAGGAUAAGAUUUAGAAAAAGAGGCCUAGCAAUAGAAGCAGGAAGUGUGUGUGUGUGUGUGUGUGUGUAGUGUAACGAUGUAGUGCUAACCAGGCUACUUAAAUCCUUUGACAGUAACACUACAUGUCAGUAGCGUGUGCAGUUCGCCUUAACACAGUGAGAGGAUGCAGCGUUCCGACUCCGGUGAGGCAGCGUAGAGACACUGACUCCUCAUCUACUCCAUGAUUGCACAUGUUGUAUUUUUGCAAAUCGGCUUUUGGACCAAAAUAUAUUUUAUGAAGAAUUUC